GAUUUUCGCGCCGCGCCGGCGUCUUAGACUUUUCGGAGGAGAGCACCAUGGCUCGAGGGUUUCUGAGGUGGGCUGAAGCGGCGCUAUUUGGGCCUUUUCGUCGUGGUUUUGGAAACUUCUCCUGGGAGCUGGAUCCUGAGUUGUAUGGGGACAGACAUUACAAUCCUUUUACCCGCGAAUUUUAUCCCAACCUAGAAGACAUUUUGGGAGUUGAUAUUACUGGAGUGACGGAUGAAGACAUAGAUUCAGCUGUUUUAUUUGGAACUCUGCGAGGCAAUAUAGUUGGAUUACGGUACUACACAGGGGUGGUCAAUAAUAAUGAAAUGGUUUCACUCCAACGACAACCUAAUAAUCCAUAUGACAAGAAUGCUGUUCAAGUAAAUAAUGUAAAUGGAGAUCAGGUUGGCCACAUCAAAAAAGAGUUGGCAGCAUGCUUGGCACCCAUCAUGGAUAACAAAAUGGCAGUGAUAGAAGGAGUUGUUCCCUUUGGUGCAAAUAAUGUCUUCACAAUGCCAGUGCAGUUGAGCUUUUGGGGAAAAGAACAAAAUAAGCAAGUGGUUCUAAAUCGACUUAAAAUGCAUGGAUUUAAGUUAGCUGCUCCAGGGACCAACUGGAAAGCUGGAAAAGCUGAAACAAGUUACAGUGCUCCACUCCAUGCUGCUGUACAAAUGACAACUGAGCAGCUUAAAACUGAAUUUGACAAACUCUUUGAAGAUCUGAAGGAAGAUGAUAAAACCCGUGAAAUGGAAGCUGCAGAGGCUGUUUCAACUCCAUUACUUCCACAUCAGAAGCAAGCUUUAGCGUGGAUGGUUUCACGUGAAAACAAUCGGGAAUUGCCCCCAUUUUGGGAAGAGAGGGAGAACUACUUCUACAAUACCAUUACAAACUUUGCAGAAAAAAAGCGACCAGAAAAUGUUCUUGGAGGAAUAUUGGCAGAUGAUAUGGGUUUGGGUAAAACGCUAACUAUGAUUGCAGUCAUUCUUACCAGUUUUCAUGAAGGCCAACCUCUUCCUGUUCAAAGGAAAAGUAAUCAAGUCAAGGAGGAAUGUGUUCCUACUGCAAAAACCAACAUAAAAGAAGAACCCAAAUGUGGGUUUCAAGUGAAUACUUCUGACAGAAAGGAUGAAGACGAUUCCGUUCCUUCUCAGUCAUCCAGGUUGCGUCCAAAAAGAAAUACAGGAAAGAAACCAAAGUAUUCGAUGAACAGUGACUCUGAUCCUGAAGAACAAGGAACACAAAUAAAAACUAAAGUGGGGAAAAAGCCUGCAGCAACAAGAAAAAGAAGAAAAGCUGCUCCUGAUAUUCAGGAAGAUGAAACAUUUGCCGCAGCUCUUGGGGAAUCCAGUGUUUCUUUGAAAAAGACAAAGAAAAAAGGUGUUGCUGCUGUACAGGAUAAGAAAUCUGAAGCUGACAAGAAACUCAAAACAACAUUGAUCAUUUGUCCACUUUCUGUCCUAAGUAACUGGAUUGAUCAGUUUGAACAACAUGUUGAUCCAGAUGUUCAUUUGAACCUGUAUGUUUACUAUGGCUCUGAGCGAAGUAAAGAUCCAGCAGUACUUUCAAGUCAGGACAUUGUAUUAACAACAUACAAUGUUUUAGCGAGUGACUAUGGAACCGGAAGUAAUAGUCCUUUGCACAACUUAAAGUGGCUGAGAGUGGUACUGGAUGAGGGUCACACAAUACGAAAUCCCAAUGCUCAACAAACAAAAGCUGUUUUAGGCCUAGAUGCACAGAGGAGAUGGGUUCUGACAGGCACACCUAUUCAAAAUUCCUUAAAGGACCUGUGGUCUCUUCUGUCCUUCUUAAAACUGAAGCCUUUUGUAGAUAAGGAAUGGUGGCACAGAACAAUCCAGCGGCCGGUUACAAUGGGAGAUCAAGGAGGGCUUAAGCGUUUACAAUCCCUGAUUAAGAGUAUUACACUUCGCAGAACUAAAACAAGCAAAGUAAAAGGGAAGCCAGUUUUGAAACUCCCAGAGCGCAAAGUAUUCAUUCAGCAUAUUACAUUUACAGAGGAAGAGAGUGUAACCUAUAACACUGUGAAAAAUGAAAGUAUAUCUGCUAUUCGCAGGUAUUUUAAUGAGGGGACUAUUUUGAGCAACUAUGCAGAUGUUCUUGGUGUUUUGCUGAGACUCAGACUGUUAUGCUGUCAUCCAUCACUCUGUAUAAGUGCAUCGUCAUCAUCUAGCAAUGUGGAAGGUAAUAGCACUCCUGAAAUGUUACGUGAGAAAUUAAUAGAGAAGAUGAAGCUAGUCUUAAGCUCGGGAUCAGACGAAGAGUGUGCAAUUUGUUUGGAGUCUCUGAACUUCCCUGUGAUAACUCACUGUGCUCAUGUGUUCUGCAAACCAUGCAUCUGUGAAGUCAUUCAAAGGGAGAAGGCAAAUGCCAAAUGUCCUCUUUGCAGGAAAGAGGUUGGAUUAAAACAUUUAGUAGAAUGUCCUUUAGAGGAAUCUGAUAGCGGAAGAAAGACUGACCAAGGAUGGGUAUCUAGUUCAAAGGUUAAUGCACUUAUGCACGCCCUGAUAGAAUUGAGGAAGCAAAAUCCCACAGUUAAGAGCUUAAUUAUUUCUCAAUUCACAAAAUUCCUGUCUCUAAUAGAGAUUCCACUAAAAGAAUCCGGAUUUACCUUCACUCGGUUAGAUGGUUCUAUGACACGGAAAAAGAGAGUAGAGGCAAUUCAGCAUUUCCAGAGCAAUGAAACAGGAUCUCCAACUGUAAUGUUGCUAUCUCUCAAAGCAGGUGGUGUUGGUUUGAAUCUAACAGCAGCUUCACGGGUCUUUUUAAUGGAUCCAGCCUGGAAUCCUGCUGCAGAGGAUCAGUGCUUUGACAGAUGCCACAGACUUGGGCAGAAGCAGGAUGUCAUCAUUACUAAGUUCAUUGUGAAGAACUCUGUGGAAGAAAAUAUGCUGAAAAUUCAACAUAAGAAGCGAGAACUUGCAGCCAGAGCCCUGGGAACCAAAAAAAAUUCUAGUGAAACAAAAAUUAAUGACAUCAAGACUUUGAUGGAUUUGUAAUUUGAGGUAUUCGGACCAAGAUUACACUUGCUGUUAUGCUGCUUGUUCAGAUAACAUAUCUGUACUGUAGAUCUUAAAAGCAUGAGUCAAGCAGUUCUUUAUAUAUUAAGCUUUCCAACUGAAGUAGAACCUCUCACCACAUUUUCAUAAAUAAUGUUUAAUGGUUGAGUUCCAUUGGGCUGUUCUUCCAAAACAAAGCUCUAGGAGGAAGAGGAGCUGUUUCUAAACCAGCAUCAUAUAUAAUCUGUGUUCUGUGCUUUCUUUCAACUGAUCCUGUGUGAAAAUAAGUUGGAUAACCUUUCUUUUUGCACUCAUCUGUAUUGCUGGUUUUGUAUGAGCAAAACAUACUUUUAAAAAAAAAAAAUUUUUUUUUUCUCAAUUUAAAAGCAUAGUAUUUUAUCCACUGGCAUUUUAUUUCAUUGCAGGCUACUAUAUUUUUGAUUAUUGAAACAGUCUCUGUAUUGGGAUUUAGUAUUGUAUCAUGCUAGAAUUGAGAGGGACCAUAGAAUGCAGGCAGAGAACAUUCAGGAGUAUGUUGCCAUUUCCUUUCUGUGUUGAGUGAGAAUAUCUAAAGAAGCACCCCAAAGCCAAGAUCUUGUUGGCUGGCACAGAAGCAGGAACAAAAACAUGUUGGAAAAACCACAGCCCUUUUCAAGGAGUGUGCUUAGCAACAUCUUUGGAAACUUUGGUGUUUAGGAGCCAGCAGCUUUCUCUUCCUUGUGCUCACAACAGAACUGAACCACUGUCAUUACAGUAGCAUAAUAGACUCCUGUACAGCAGCAGGUUUCGUCUUCAGAUAUCUUCAUUCAACUUGGUAGUAAAUCAGUGAAGAUUUUCUUAGUGAGGCUGCUUUCCAAGAUUCAUGCCCAAAUAAGUUACCUUUCAGGAAAAAGCUCAGUUUACUUGAUUUCUAACAAAUAUUUGUUUAUAUCAAUAGUUCAUUAUGCUGCUUUGAAGCUAUAGCUAUGCCAAUUACUACAAAACUCAGUCGUUUCUGCCAGUUUUAUGUUUGUGUAAAUAAAAUGGCUUUUCUGGA